AUGAGCCAACAUCCACCUCAGCAACAACCCGAAAAUUCCAAGCUACCGGUAGCCCAAACUGAAGAGGACUACUCUGGUGUAUUUGAAUCGGACAUGUUUCAAGUCGAUGAAAACUAUUUCAGAAAACCAAGACCAGCUCGUAUUGAAGUUUUUAACAUUGAACAAUCGGAUUUUGAAGUAAAGGUUCGACUUUUAGGUGAUCAUAUUUUGUGGGGAAAUUAUUUAUGGAACGCCUCAAAAUGUCUAUCCCAACAUUUCUAUGAAAAUCAACAUUUAAUUAAGGAUAAGACAGUGGUUGAAUUGGGAGCUGCUGGUGGUUUGCCAAGCUUGACAUGUGGAAAAUUAGGCGCUAAAAAAGUGGUCAUUACUGAUAUUGGACAUGAAGAUUUAAUUGAUAAUUUGAAAAAGAAUGUUGAAUUAAAUUUUGGAGAGAAUUGUACACAUGUAGAAGUGCGACCACAUGCUUGGGGAGAAAAAUUGGAGGAAACAUUUGGAGUUGGAGAAAAGAAGGAAACUUUCGAUGUCAUUAUUUUGAGCGACUUACUUUUUAACCAUAUUUGUCAUCACCAAUUGUUGGACAGUUGUGAAUAUUUAUCUCAUCCAAAUACAAUUAUUUAUGUGAGCUAUACUCACCAUCGACCUUGGUUAAUUAAGGAAGACUUGAAACUUUUCAAAUUGGCCAAAGAAAGAAACUUUUCGGUUGAGCACUAUUUCGACAAGAAGUAUCCACCCAUGUUUGAGAACGAUCCUGGUGAUGUUGAAGAAAGGUCGACUGUGCAUGUGCAAAUCAUGCGACCUAGGCACAUUAGCUUGAAUUAA